AUUGGACGAUUCGAGCCGUCCUUUAUUCGCUCAUCAAGCCCACCACCAGCAUGGGAGAAAACGAAGACACAGUUCAAAUUUUCCUCGGUAUUAGACAAGGAAGACAUAGAAAACAUGAUUGUACAUCUGAAAUCUGAAAUGGCUGAAUAUGAACAAGCUUUUCGAUCCACGUCAACACUGAGUGUCUCGGCAUCUUCCAACAAAGUUCGGCAGUGUGUCAAAAUGUUGUGCAAGUUGAUCAAUUCCAUCGAGCCGAUGAGCCUUCAUCAACAUUUGCAAAAUUAUCUAACAGCGACUACAACUGACCAACUAAAUUAUGCUCGAAACGAUUUCAUUGCCUCGCUGCACAAUUUUAUUAUGGUUUACUGCCAAUGCACACUGAGUUAUUACAAGUUAGCUCCGCUCAGACCAUUCAACAAGCAGAAGAAGGAGAUCCUACACUGUAAAGAGAAACUUGCGGUGAAGGUGGAUUCAGUGCACAAUUUGGUAGAGAUGUGGACGAGAGAAUACUCAGCCUUCUUCGUUACGGUGAAUGUGUAUUAUGGAACGCAAGUUUUAGCCGGUCAUAGUAAAUGUAUUUCGAAGACAGUGAAAUAUGAUGCCUUCUUUCCCUACAUUCCUAUCAAUGUUUACGCGUGUUUCGAGGAUAUGUUGUGUACUUGCCCAAGGGAAACGAAGAUCAUGUUCAUAUUGUCGGGAAUCGCCAUCGUAUCGAAUGCUAGUUCAGGCGAUGUGACAGAAAGCACGCAACGUCCGUUGGCGUUUGCGUCGUUACCUCUGUUUGAUCAUGAGAUGGUCUUACGGCAGGGCCAGGUGUUUAUCCCUUUAACGGUACUGAAGGAUCCUGUGUUGAAACCAUGGGGCCCAUAUCCACUGAUUGCCAACGAAAAGGAUCCUGUACUAAUCGUCACUCUGCCAACGUACGACUAUAUUGUGGUGUUUCCUGACGUCAAUGUGGAAUUUCAAAGUGUCAAACAAGAUCCAUCAAUGCUGGACAGCGAAACGCAGGAAUAUCUCAUGGACCUGGUCGAGGCGGUGAUA